CAAAAUAGAGAACGAAUUACAAAAUCAGAAGAUCGACAUUCAUCAAUACCAGCAGUUAAACCAUUGAGUAGUUCACAAAUUCAACAAUUUAAUUCAAUAAAAGAAAAAUUUGAACGUCAACAACCAAUUGAUGUUGUCUUUGAUCCUCGACGAUAUCCAUUUAAAGUUCUUUUACAACAACCCUAUCCAAUUAUAAAUGUUGAUGUACAUUUUUUAAUUGAUCUUCCUCAUAUUGCAUAUGUACAUGUAUCAAUAAAUAAUAUAGAAGUUCCAAUUCAAGCUGCUCGUCGAAAUGAUGAUACAUUUCUUCUUAAAUUUCGACCAACUCUUGCAGGAGAUUAUUCAAUUGUAUUAAAAGAUUAUAUUGAACAACCUGUUCCAGGUUGUCCAUUUAUAUUUCCUGUUUAUAAUCCAAGUGUUGUUCAUUUCGAAUCAUUUAAUCGUUUACAAGCAAUAAAUGAUUGUCAUUUGAUUUGUAAUGUUGAUCAAGCUGGACCAGGAAAACUAUUUGUUAUGACUUAUUCUCAAAUUGAUGAAAAUCAAUUCGAACCAAUAUUAAUUCCAAUACAAAUUCAACCACUUCCAUCAAAUCAUAUACGUAUGUCAUUAUCUCCAUUAAAAGUUGGAACAUAUCGAAUUUAUGUUGCCUAUCGAAAUAUACCAGUUAAUGGUAAGUAA